GGCCGGUGUGAGCGCGAGUGAGCGAGCGGACGGGACGGGAGGAGAGGAGCGGCGGGGGAGGGCAUCCACGCCUUCCCGGCCCGCCGCGUCCUGCCCGCCGGCGAUGUCCAACGUGCACCUCUCCGGCACCGCCGCCCUGGAGCGCCUCUCGGCCCGGCGAGCCCUGGCCGGGCACGGCCGCAGCCCCGUCUGUAGGAGCCUCUUUGGGCCGGUGGACCACGAGGAGCUGGGCCGGGAACUGCGAGAGCGCCUGCGGGAGAUGGGGGAGGACGACCAGCGCCGCUGGGACUACAACUUCCAAACCGACACGCCGCUGCCGGGGCCCGGCCGCCUGCGCUGGGAGGAGGUGGAGGCCGGCGCCGUGCCCGCUUUCUACAGGGAGACUCUGCAGGUGGGACGGUGCCGCGUCCCGCUUCUCCAGGCGCCCCCGUCUCCGCAGCCGCCUCCCGCCGCCAGCAAGGGGCCCGGGGGGCGCCUGAGCCGGGAGAACCGCGCCGCGCCCCGCCGCCGCGGCAUGCAUCUCCGCCAGAGGGGCCCCACCGCCCGCAUCACAGGUGCGUGGGUCUCCGGGGGGCGCGGGGGCGUCCCACCGCAGUGGCUGACGGACGCCUCCUUUCUCUCCGUACCCCAUCCAGAUUUCUUCGCGAGGAGAAAAAGGCCGGCGGAGCCCAAGGCGGCGGCGGCGGCGGAGCGCACCGCCGGCUGCCCACCGCCCCCCGCCGCCGUGCCGGUUGAGCAGACCCCCCGCAAGCGGCUCCGGUGAGCCAGACUUUUGCACUACUGCACCCACGGGAGAGGCGCGACGCCCCGGAGGCGCGGGAGACCGGGGCGGGCGGCGCGGCGAGCCGGGACCCCCCCGCGCCCGCCUGGCCCAGGAGCGGGAGCCGGAGCGGGAAGCGCAGCAGAGCGGCAGCGCCGGCCGCGCACGGAGCAGUGUUACCGUACAACAGUGCAAUGUAUGACGUUCUGUAUAGAAAUGUAUUAUGCCUAAUGUUGUGAGUACACUGGCCAGAAGUGUAAAGCUUUAAAAAUCAUUUAUAAGAAAUGUUUAAUCUCUGCUGAGCUCUCAGUGCAAAAAAAGGAAAAAUGAAAAAAAACGAGUGUAUAUUUGUACAAAACUUUUUUUUAAGAUUUAUACUAACUUAUAUUUUCUAUUUAUGUCAGAAACGUGGAUAACUUUGACGUCUAAUAGUCUUUUUUUUCUUUUGGUUAAGCCAAAGGGCACUAUAUUUGCUUUUGUUAUUCACAAAAUUUAAUUUUAUUUUUAUUUUUUGGUGGUUUUUUUUUUUUUUUUGUUUUUUUUUUUUUUUUUUUUUUUUUUGGUGCAUUCACAAGAUGUAGCAAUGAAUCAAAAUAUUUUUUUAGACUUGACUUGAGGACAAAUCUGUUUCAGUGGAUCCUGAGCCGGUCUGUACCACUGCCAUUGCAACUAA